AAGCGUGCUUCGCAAUGGUCUCUUCUUUUUCUUCUCUCAAACAGAUUAUUAAUAACCCAAAAAAAAAUAAAAAAAAGCUUCCCUUGCAAUUCUCUCUCCUCAUAAAUAGAGAGACGCAGAGAGAAAGAGAGAGAGACUAGUACUAUAAAUAUUGACCAGCGUGUCCUAGAGAGAGAAACUCGCCGCUAUUAAGAAUACUUUUUUAUUUUUUUUUUUGCUUCUGGGUUCUAAGCACUAAGCACAUAUCUCGAGUCGAGCACACAGUUACUACUUCGGAGAAGUUGCAAGGAGUUGAAGAAGAAGAUCGAUGGAUGACGGAGACGACGAUCGUAGCACCUCAUGGAAUUGGCAAGAGAACUAUAAUCACCAACCACAGUCUCAUUUCUAUGUGCCUGAUUGCACGAUGACUGAAGUCACAUUAAACCAAGAAGAUCACUCGUACAUGUUUGAUGAUGAAACCACUCCUGUGAAGGCGUGUAGCGACUUGGGUUAUCAUGUCACAACAGAUGAAACCAACAGGAAACUGGAAGUGCAUAGUGAGACACGUUCUGCUCUAAAGCGGCGUCGGAUGUUACAAUUUGAAGACCAACCUGAAACAUCCCUUUUCAGCAGUGAGAGUUUCUCUGCAAUCUUAAAAUCAAGCGCUAGAGAUGAUACAUUUGAUGAGCUUUUACCCGAAGGGUCUCAGCUUAUAGAAGGGUUUUCAGAAGACGCCUCUGCCUCAAGCUUCGAGGGAAUUGAUCUGUAUGCUGAAGAGUGGUACGCUGAAUGCUUAAAUGAUGCUGAGACUCCAACCCUACCUGAUGGCUUAAACUUUGGUUCACCUGAUGUCCAAGUAGAUAUUUCAGAGUAUCUAAAUGUGCCACCAGAAACAGAAACCCGGGAAGUUCAGCGGCCUGUUACUCGUUCUUCUCCAAAUGUUAUCUUUAAAGCAGGUAGGAAAUCUUUUUCAAGGCCGGUUUCAAAGCUACCAUCUUCUAUCAUCUAUCCAUUUGCAUUCAUCAAACCAUGUGGGGUUCACGGUGGUAUGACUCUCAAGGACAUCAACCAGAAAAUCCGAAAUCCACCAUCAAAACCAAAGGAAGACAAAGAAGAGCCUGUAGUGAUCCAAACUUCUGCAUUCUCUGGGAAACCUGUUGUAGGGAAGACUAAAAUCCGCACCGAAGGAGGAAAAGGAAGCAUCACGAUAAUGAGGACGAGAGGCUAAGCUAAGCUGAGCCAAAGUAAGUAGUAAUAAGCUGAUAGGAAGUAUUUUAAGGUUUGAAAUUCACUGCUGAAAACUUUUAAACUUUUUGCCUUAUUCUCAGAGGCCCUUAAAUCCUUUUUGUCGGAUAUAGUUCCAGUCAAGGGCCUUUAUCGGUACAGCGGCUAAAUACUCUUCAAGAUCUUAUUAUGAAUCAUGUUCUAUUUUCUUUUGGUAUCUGUGUAGUAAGAAAGAGAACUUAAAAUCUGUUAGCCAUGUGGUAGGAUAAUUUUUGUUUGUAUAAAGUCUCUGGAUCUUAUUGUUACCUGAACUGAAAAUGAAAGCCAAAAACCUCUGUUAUGUCU